AUGAAAUUUGGAAAUUAUCUUGGUGAGAUCUUCGGAGUAACUACACUGUUACUCAUUCUGCACACCGAGGCGUCAAUGAAUUUCUCGAACUACUCCUCGUGCAGUGAUUGGUGCACUUGUCGUCAUGACAAUAAUGGAAAGAUUAUUGUGAAGUGUAGGCUGAAAGAAACUAACUUCUCGCGUCUUCAGCUGCCUCCUCUUAUUGAUGAACUGGACCUAUCGAACAACGGAUUGACCAAAGUGCCUGUAGAAUUUCUCAAACGCUACACCAACUUGUCAAAACUCAUCAUGGAUCACAAUAGCAUUAAGGUUUUACCAUCACGGAGUUUUCAGUUCCUUUCCUCGUUGGAAAUCCUGUCCAUCAAGUACAACUCCAUAUACAGCAUUGAAAAUAGCUCCUUUGUUGGCUUGCACAACCUCAAAUCGCUGGACCUUGCCAUGAAUGACCUCCAUUUUUGGAAGGCGCACAACCUAUCACGUGACCUACCCGUUUUACAGACAGUUCGCAUCACAGGUGCAAUCUUCUGGGUACCGGAUGCUUCUCUCCUAAAGCUCCCGAGUCUGGUAGAGAUCAUUGGAGUCACAUGGUGUAAGUUCUGCAUCAACUGUACCUUAGUCAAGCCAGUGAACAUCUUGAACGAGAGCGCACGUCGAGAAGCAGCUGAAACUUGCAGGGAGCGCUUCUAUGAAUAUAAGUACAUGCAAAUUGGCAAGCCUGAUCCGAAGCGGUUUCUUUCUCACGGCUUCAUUCCCGAAUGCAUGUGCGUCAAGGAAACAGAAUGCGAGUUUCGACAGCUUGUAAUGCCAUAUUUUCAGACGCAGGACAGCUUACCGCAGUAUCUAUUUUACCUAGAAUACGUCAUCAGCCCCUUCACUAUCUUAUUUAAUGUAAUUGUUUUAGUCGUUAUAGUCUCAAGGAAGACCCUCAGGGGAAUCCCAUCCUUUUUCCUCAUCGCCAACAUGGCUUUUGUUGAUAUUAUAGUUGGGAUCUACUCGAUUACGGUAGCUGAGGUUAAUAUUAAGGAAAUUGAGAAGAUCCUAGAGGAAUUAAUGUGGACUGGGCAAAAACUCAGGCCAUCUACGGGACCGAUAUUCAUUGCAGGGCAGUUGAUAUCAGUUCUUAUCUCCUCUAUACUUACUGUAGAGCGUUACAUUGUAGUGGUUUAUUGCGUAACAUCCAACCUCAAGCUUAGCAUGAAAACUACGCUCAUAUCUUUAGCUGUGGCUUGGGGAAUAGCAAUCACGUUUGCUAUUCUGCCCAUAUUUGGUGUUGCGGGAUUGCGUUACAACAUCAAACGCGCAUGCGCUCCUCUAAGUUAUGACGUCAAGUACCAAUCACAGUCGUCGACGGUUCUAAUUUCCAUGCUGAUUCUCAUUGUGUUGAUCUACUUCCUAAACAUCCCGCUUUACUUCAGGAUUUUUCGCUUUGUCAAAAAGAACGCCGGCAACGCAGUGUCUGGGGUUAAAAAAGAACUUUCACUCGCUCGCAAAAUAGCUACUCUGAUUCUCACGAAUUUCGUGUUUUUUGCUAUUCCUAUUCUUCUUAUUCUAAUCAUUUCUAUAUUUUCCGAGUAUGACAACAAUCCCUUUGAUUUCAGCGGUGAUGCUUUUGAGUCGACCAUAUUCAAAAUCAUCAUUGGUCAGUGGCUCCCUGUCACGUGUUUGAAUAUCAACGCAUUACUCGACCCAUUUCUCUACGCAUUCAGACAUUCUAUUUUUAAACGAGAAGCAAAAGCCUUGGUAUUUCGCUAUACAGGGAAGGUAUUACCUCUAGAUGAUUCAUGCACUGCUAAUCCCGGAGCUUCAAAAUCUACUGCUAAUUGAAACAAACACACACCUACACAUCCUUCAUGGUUUUCAUACUUACGAGUAUUGGGGAUCAUGAGCGGCAUACGCUAAUACGGCCCUGUCUGUAACCGCUGUGUAGCUAGUUUAAUGCCCGGGAUAUAUAGCACCUGGUAUGAUUCUUGUCUGAGCCAUGAAUGUAGUGGUAAUGCAUGCAUACAUGGAGUGAGCCUCACGGAAGAGCCCCGUACGGAGAGUGAUGGUUGUAAAUAAUAAGUUUUAAAUUCUAAUUAAUGUAUUUUUCUUCCUAUUAAUCUAUUAUCAAACUUUUUUGCUUAUCAUUUAUUAAGUUAUUACAUCUAAUUUAUGAUUAACUUAUUAUUCUUUCCAUUAACGUAUUAUGAAACUAUACAUGACUAUCCAGUUUGAAAUCACUUGUGAUUUGUCCAAUUUGAUUGGCUCUGCGGCAGCAGUAGUGCCAUUAAACGAAUUGCACCAUUUUGACACCAUCUAUACAAAAUAUACACACGUACCUUAUUAGCCCUUCCGAGGUUGAGAAAAAAACUUGUUAGAGUUUGCAUUGCAGUUCAUUGAGUGGCUGAGUUAGGGGACAUUUCCAAGAUGGCGUCUAUUUUAUUUCCUAAAACCGCCUCACAAUGCACUGCAAUGCCAACUCGACCCAGUUUUUUCCUAAACCUCGGAAUGACUAAUUGAGUCCCUAAAAUUUUGUACUUGGGAACCUCUGUAGAGCUGUUACUGUCAAAACGGCCUCAAGCUUACCCUCCUAGAUUCCAAUAAUGGUUUCAUUAUUCGAAUAUUUAAAUCUAUUAUUCAGUUCCGAGAAUAUGAAGACUCCGGGUUCAAAAUAAUAAAACUCGAAUUCUGAUUGGAUUGUCCCAUAUAAGGAACACCAUAAUCCAACCAGAAUUCGAGUUUUGAAUCGAUAAUUAUUUUGAACCCUGAGUCUUCGGUAUUCUCAAAAAUAAUAAAUAGAUUUAAAUAUUCGAAUAAUGAAACCAUUAAUGAAAUCAAGCUUGAGAAAUUCUGUAAAUUGUGACAUAUUUCGGUGUCCUGGUAUUAAUUGCUCACACACAGACACACAGACACACACACACACACAAAGUAACGCGAAAAAAAAUUCCCUCAAUAUGAUUAACUCCUACCUUAAAUAAUCAGAACAAUGGAAAAUUUGGAAUUAGGCACCCUAUUACAUAGCACCCUAUUAUAUGGCACCCUAUUAUAUAUGACACCCUAUUACAUAGCACCCUAUCAUAUGGCAUCCUAUUAUAUGGCACCCUAUUAUAUGACACCCUAUUAUAUGGCACCCUAUUAUAUAUUAUAAUGAAGGUGGUAUGAACACAAUAAACUUCAACUUGCACAUAUGGCA